GGUUGAAGCUUGAGUGACGUUCGAAUAUGGCAAACGGCCAGGGGUCAUCCCUUCUGUAUGUACCGGGCCAUGUUUGUUCGCAAAGGAACGCAAUACCAUACACAGACUCGUCAUCCGCCGUCGUCGCCGUCGUCGCCGUCGCCGCCGAUGCGUCUUCGGACGAAUGCCUCGCUUACGUAUUCUAUCUAUGCUAUCGAUUGAUUGCCGGCAGAGGCAAACCGGAACAGGCUUCCACCCUGCUUUCUUUCCCACUCACUCCGUCGGCCCCCCCUCGCGGCCAUAAGGCGUCGUGUCACGAUCUGAUCUACCCGGGCAGUUGGCUGCUGUUGACGCAACCCACAGAGUCAGCCAGCAUAGCUGAUGCCGCCGCCGCCGCCGCCAUAUGGCACAAGCGGCCUUUGGGACGCUUUGGAUGGGACGCUUUGGAGGGGAUGGGUUCCACGCGGCGCGGCCCAUGUUGUCUCCUCCCCACACACGGCACUACGGAUAACCUAAACAAAUUAGCAAAUGCUCAAUCUAUCUAUCCCUUCCCCGGCCUGCUCCCUAGAGCCUAGAUAGACUCUUGAGUUUCUGGCCUGCGCUGGCGAACGGGGCUCCCGUGCUCCCCGACCAUGUCGUGCACUUACGACGCAAUACAGU